AUGGAUAAACAGCAGAUGUUGGCAAGCGUUGCAGACCUUGCAAAGCUGCCCAAGGUCCAGGCCGGGGCUGCGGCGCUGCUGGCUUUGAGCUUGCUGCCCAGGCUGAACAAAUGGUUCAGUCGGAGAAAGAAAAGAGAGGUCGUGGUGGUCACUGGUGGAAGCAGUGGUAUCGGCGCCACGAUAGUUGCCAAGCUUGCGCAGAGGACCGUCAAAGUCAUCAUCUUAGACUUGAAUGGGCCCCAAAGUGCACGAUUGCCAGGGACCUUCUUUUACCAAGUCGAUCUGAUAGCCCCUUCCGCCAUCGCCUCUGUCGCAGAUCGCGUUCGCAAAGAACACCGCGACCCAACUGUCCUCGUUAACAAUGCAGGUAUUGGAAAUGCAAUGUCACUGCUGGACCUGCCUAAACCCAAGAUCCGAAAGCUCUUUGAAGUGAACAUUAUCGCGCUUAUCCUGUUGGUGAAGGAGUUUCUUCCAAGCAUGGUGCAACGAAACCACGGUCACAUCGUCAACAUAGCGAGCAUGGCGUCCUUCAGUACUCAAGCCAGCAACGUCGACUAUGCAUGUUCCAAGGCCGCAGUUCUCUCAUUCUCGGAAGGCCUCGCGCAGGAACUGAGACAUAUUUAUAAAGCACACAUGGUGCGGACUAGCGGUGUGCACCCAACUUGGGUACAAACCCCGAUGAUCGCAAAGCCCAAGGAGGAGGGGAAGAUGCGGGAUCCUACUGUGACUCCUGAAGAGGUAGCUGGCAGAAUUGUCAACCAGCUCUACUCUACAUAUGGCGCACAGAUAGUCGUCCCCGAGAGCCUAGGAUGGGUUUCCCUCCUACGCGGCUUCCCUGGGUGGUUGCAGGAGAGUGUGCGAGACAGUGUGUCUGUGGACCUGCUGAGAGCUAUGAGCAAGGACUGA